CGACAUGCACGUGCCACCCUAUGGUGCCACCCUAUGAUGGUCGUGUUGGAGGAUGCAUGGCUUCCAGCAACGGUUUCAUGAGAAUACCCUAGUCCCUUGAUCCCAGGCGACCUCACUAUCGACAUGCAACAUGCACCCCAACACGCAACACGCAGCACGUGACGGCUGACGACAGAUCAUCAGACCUUGAAGCAAUGAGUCGUCUCUUUCACUACAUCUAACCGUGGGCCUCCUUUAUCACCUCAUCCCCGGCCAUGUCCGUCUUGCCGUGCCUCUGGCAUGUGGACACGACCCCGAAAAAGACUGUCAGCACUCCAAGAAUCCGCUGGAUGGAUGCAGGGUGCCAUACAGAGAACACACCGAACUCGUCCACAAAUAGACUCAUCAUCAGCUGCACACAAGAUGAACCGGUACAAGGAAGAGACAAAUGGUGACGAUGAGCUGUUAUCAGUGGAACUGGCGUGCUUGCCUGUCCGAAGAUGAACAUGACGAAGAAGAUUGUCACGCCGACCGCUCGAGGUAUCGAGAUGGAGAAGAAAAGGAACGCGACGCCCCACACACCGCCCGUCCACAUCCACCACGAAGCCUCGCCCAUACGGCCGAAAGUCGCGUCGUCAUGCAACACACAAUCUGAACAGACGCCCAGAGUAAAAAGCAAAACGUGAGCCCACAUGUGACAGGCUCACUCACAAGGAAUGGUCGAGGCAAUAGCACAGACGAUCGUCGCGACAAUGUUGGAUACGAAGGCCGCCCUCAUGUCGCCGCGGACACGGCGGGCCAGCAACCGGUUGAUAGCCGACUGGAUGGGCAUGUUGCACCCCACUACCACGGGGAUUAUGCAGGUGAGGAUGCCCGACCAGCCCACCGCAGGCAGCCCCCCGCCGAUGAAGAAGUUGAAGGACAUGACUGUGCCUAAGGUCACCAGCACACCACCAAGCACCUGACACAUGCACGCACACAGAAAGCUCCACAUUAUGUCACCCUCAGCAUGUCGUGUAGCCUUGCUUACUUUGAACAACGUCAACGGUCUCUCUUUAGGAAACCCGACCGCAUCCAGAAAGAGAGAAGAAACAAUGUUGCCGAAGAUGACAAGCAUCGUGUAAAGAGCCAUGCCCAGGAUGGGACUGAUGACGAUGCCCGAGGUGACCGCAAACGCGCCCAGUAGUCCACCGAUCCACUGCCACAGCGGCAUUCUGCCCGGGCCACACAGCGGGCCAAGCAGCCGCACCCAGCCGCAGUCCAUGCCGACCAUCACACGGCAGCACGUGUCCCGGCCCGUCUGCUCCAGGAUGGCCUCUCCCCUCGGCGCCGUCAUCACCGUGCACGCAAGCAGGCCGAGAAUAGUGGUGGCUUGAGCGAAGUUGAAUGUGCUGACAUAGAGGCCGUGGCCUGCAUAAGGCGAUAGGCUGGCACUGACACCCAGCUGAACCACUAGAAAGGCUCCAGCGACGAUGGACAGGCAUGACAGGCCGAGCAUUCGUCCGCAGCCGACUUGUUCGACGAUGGACUGCCUGCUUUUCUCGUCCCUUGGCGCAACAGCCUGGUCCAGACCAGCUGUGUUGGCGCCCAGCGGCGGCUCCAGGCCAUCAGCGAGAGCCACAUACGACACACGCGACUCAGGAAGCAGCAGAGAGCCGUCGAAACUCAUGAUGAUCUGUCAAGAUGAGCGGAAACAAGGUGAUCACGAACAUUCCGAGUGUUUCCU